GAUUCGAAGAGGUCCUGAUCUUCAGCGUCAUGGGGUGCGUGGCAAGCACGGUUGAGACAAGUGAGACAGAGAUCUCACCGAAAAAUGCCAGAAGAGGAGGCCAGACAGCGCCAAACCCGGGCAGGACGUUGCUGACAAGUUCUGCGAACUCUCCGAAAGACGCUGAGGCGGAAUUGACAGCUUCGCCAGCUGGGCUGAGGAACUCCAGACCAGGCAGCUUUAUGCCGAACGAGGAUGCUACCUCACCUGUCUCGCCUGGUAAGUCAAUCUUGAGAAGCAAGAGUUUGCAAGGCCUCAGCAGCAAGGAAACCGGCCGACGAGCUACCUUUGAUGCGGCGUCUUUGCAGGAAGAGGAGAUUGCUUACGCCAGAAGUGUAAAGCGGCGGGUAACAUUCGGGCAAGCCGAAGCCCGUGAGUAUAAGGUGCAGAUGACGCAGUCGCGGAGUUUCUGA